UGUUUGAUACACCUCUGGUACGUCAGUACCGAGAUGCAACUCUUCACCCUCACACUGCCAUUCAUCAUGCUUCUACCAAGAUUUCCCAAAACAAUUGUUACGGUGCUUUUGAUGGCUGGACUUGCUUGCAGCACUUAUACGGCCUUCCGCACAUUCUUCUCGAAUCUGCUGUACGGCAUGACAACUGGCACGAACGAUGGACGGCGCAUAUUCAAAACUUUAGAGGUCAUUUAUUUUAGGCCAAUAACCCAUGUGGCGACGUACGUAAGUGGAAUCCUGGCAGGGUACAUGGCUGUGAGAUACAAGGAGGUCACCAUAUCUCCUGUUGCGCAAGCACUGCUCUGGCUUCUGUCAGCGGCAGUCGCGUGCUUCAUUUUAUUUGUUACACUGCCUUGGAAUCGAGGAAACUUGCCAGACCCCAUCACAAACGCUAUAUACGGAGGUUACCAUCGGCUCCUGUGGUCAGUCUCACUAUGUUGGCCAGCUUACGCCUGUGCUACGGGCUACGGAGGUGCGUAUGUCUGUGUUUAUGGCUACGCAGGCAUGAUGGCGCGGAUGUCAUCAUGGAAAGGGUUCGUUCCUCUUGCAAGGCUCACGUACGGCGUGUAUCUUCUCCAAGGAGUAUUCCUUCUUCUACGAAUGGCGCUGGUAAAGACACGCUUCAACUUGGACGACUUUUUUCAGCUCACGAACACACUGGGAAUCAUCGGCAUCAGUUACUACUUCGCAUACCUGCUCUUUCUUUUGUGUGACGCCCCUAUUGAAAAUUUUUAUGAGCACGUUUUUGGCGGCGAAGUGCCUGAAACUUCGCAGCUUCCAAUAGCUGCUCCUAGGCCCGCCCAAACAAAUGAGCAAAUUCGACGGCUUCCCUGAUCAUUUGCAGUAAAGCAUAUGCUUCACUUACACCGAGA